UCCAUCAUGUUCGGGCUGAAACUUUUCAGUUUUGUUGUGGCUUGUGUCGCCAUCAGUGCAUCAUCAGUGUACGGACAGCAGCAGUGCACCAGACAAUAUAAUUUGCUGUCGAAUCAAGUGAUUAACAUAACCAGUGCCAACUUUCCGGGCGCCCUGCCAAGUGGCAGCAGUUGCAGAUUCCGCCUGAGAGCUCCCAGCAAUCAUGUGAUCCAAUUGAGCUGUCGCUACGAAGUGUAUCCCGAUACUUGCGGCUCGGAGUUUUUGUUUGUCUCCCGCGACGGUGACUUGCAGUUCCGCGAUGGUGAACGGUACUGCCGCAUGGGCCAGAUAUCGCGUACCUCCAACUUCCAGUCCCUGGCCCUGGCCUACUACUCGAGCAGUGCGCAGAGCCGCCAAAGGGCGCGGCUCAGCUGCCAGGCCGUGGCUCGUCCGGCGCCCUGCGACUGCGGCUGGUCGUAUCCCAAUCGCGUUGCCAACGGCGUGGAGACGGCCAAACACGAGUACCCCUCGAUGGUGGGUCUCAGGGACUUGGCCUCCACUCUGCCCAUCUUCUGUGGCGGAACGAUCGUGAGUGAUCGGUACAUUGUGACGGCUGCCCACUGUACGGUGCGUCAGCCGGUGGCCACUCGCUUGCUGGCCCUUGUGGGCGAACACGAUCUCAGCUCGGCGAGCGAAUCAAUCUAUGCUGCCCAGCACCGAAUUCUCAGUAUCAUCAAUCAUCCCGCAUACACGGUCACCAACUCCGGAGAUCUCAAUGAUAUUGCACUGCUGCAGACGGCCACACCCAUGGAAUGGUCGAGGGGUGUGGCUCCCAUUUGUCUGCCCAUCCGGCAGUCCGACAGUACAUUCAGCUACCAGAACGUGGACAUUACCGGCUGGGGCACUCUGGGAUUCGCCGCCGCCAAAUCGAACACUCUGCAGAAGGCCACGCUGCUGACCAUGGAGAACUCGGUGUGUCGGCAGCAGUACAACUCCAGCAUCGCUGCCAGCCAGCUGUGCACCUACGACUUCAGCGGCCGGGGCCAGGACUCCUGCCAGUAUGACUCUGGUGGCCCAGUUAUCCUGCGCCAGCGCGAACGAAUGUAUCUGCUGGGCGUGAUCAGCUACGGGCGGGCCUGUGGACAGCCCUAUGGCAUCGGUGUCAACACUCGCAUCACCUCCCACAUCAACUGGAUGUGGCGCUAUGUGGGUGGGGCGGUUUGUGUGCGUUAAGGAUGUGCAGCAUUGAUUGCUGUUAAAACACAGAUACGAACGCCACACACACACACACAUACACAUAUAUAUCUAAAACUAUAUACAGCUAUUGCUUAGCUCCUUGGCCUCGGCCUCGAGCAUCCAUCGUUGUCAUCGCAGUUGUCUUGAGUUUGCCAAAGUGUUGACAAAGGCCUUAAUUUGCAUUUAAAUUAAAAAGCAGUGACAUGUCUUUGCCUACAUUUAAACAACAUGCAGCAGCCACCCCCUCCCCCCAUUCACAGCCACAUCCUCAGCUCGGCUCUUACCAAUCAAAUCCCGCUGGCCAUAAAAUACCGUUAGGCAUGGUAGUUAUUUUUAUAAGCAAGAAAGUUUUAUGCAAUACUCUGUCAUCAAACUUAUUCGACUUAUUCUCGUGUUCCAUUUCCCAGCUAAAGAAAAGAGUGUUUGGUGUUCGGCCAGACUAUGGAAUUUAUUUCUAAUACUGUUUUGCAUUUAUUGUAAAAUUGCAGACUUCACGCAUAAUUGUUGUUGUAAUUGGGCACUAACUCAAUUUACAGUCUCGCUGUUGCUGUUGCUGUUGCUAUUGCUCUCAUCUCAAAUUGCAUAAAAUUUAGUCAAAGGCUAGGUCCCCGCCUCCGCCUCUAGCUAGUAGCAUCCUGCAGCC